AUUGAUUUAAUAAAAAAUGAAAAAAAAUUCAGAAAUAAGAAUUUAGAACUCUUAACUAAAUACCCAUUUCUACAAAACUGUCCAACUAUUUCAACAUCUGCUUUACAUAAUAUUAAGUUAAAUAUGUUAAAA